AUGAGCGUCAUUGUUGAUGCGCUCUACAUCUUUGAUGAUCACAAUGAGUGCAUCUUGGAACACGUCUACGCUGGCCGACCUCCAACGGCCAAUACUCUCAUCUCCAGCAUAAUAAGCAGACCCAUACCCCGGCCUGCUGUGCUCUACCUCUCUGACCUUGCCCCAUCUACAACAGCAUAUACUGUGACGCAUGCAAAUCUGCUAUUCGCGGCAGUAUGCAUCAAAGAUUCUCAGCCGUUAGCCAUACUCGAUUUCCUCCAUCGACUGAUCGAUGUGUUUGAGGAUUUCCUGGGAAGCCCAUUGCUGGUGGGCAAGAUCCAGGACAACUAUGAGGUUGUCGCACAGCUAUUGGUAGAGAUGUGUGAUGGAGGUGUCGUCUGUAAUACAGAACCCAAUUCAUUGAAAGAGAAUGUUGAGGUCUCCUCCCUAUUUGGCAAAUUGUUUACUCAAGUCGGCUUACCCGGGGCAUCUCCGGCUUUGAAUCCACAAAGCUCCUUCGCUGCUAGUCUUCGUCCUACGGCAGCACCAUCCACGGGGCCUGCUAUUCCCUGGCGGAAGUCAAACGUGCGACACACGUCGAACGAACUCUACGUUGAUAUCAUCGAAACACUAUCAGUCAUCUUUGCUCCAUCAGGACGACUGAUUUCAGCUCGAUCACAUGGUUCUAUAGCAUUCACAGCCAAGAUAUCGGGAGUUCCAGAUCUUUUACUGACCCUAAAUGCGCCGGGAGGUACCAGCAGUUCCAAGUCCUCAGGGAUCGCCCGUACGAUGCAGCAUCCUGUUUUCCAUCCUUGUGUGCGGCUAGCCCGUUGGAAGGAACAUCCAGGGGAACUAUCUUUCGUGCCACCUGAUGGACGAUUUAUGCUAGGCGGGUAUGAAACAGAUCUAAUGCCAACAAAGUUAAACAACGACCAACCGCCGUCGCAAGGCGACCGUAUCUUCCUUCCAGCUACUGUGGAUCUCCGACCAGGGCUCGGUAGCGCAGGCAACGAGUUCGAAGCCAGACUCACAUUAAACAGCAACUUCCCCGGAGUUGCCUCAUCCAGCAAACCGGGCGCCUCACGGACGGGUUCAAGUACUGGACCGUUCUCUUUCGGGAGUUCCAGUGGAGGCGUGUCGACCGCUCCGUCUCUGGAAGCCGUGAUAGUCACAAUACCCUUUCCGCCAGAGGUGCGCAAUGUCACGGAACUCAAGCCAUCUCGAGGCGAAGCCAACUUCAACGCAUUCGACAAAGUCAUUGAAUGGAAAGUCCCAACCAGAGACGGCGCCUCGAUCAGCGGCGUAGCGGUGCUGACAGGAACAGUGUCUGGACCACUGAACACAUCCGCAGUCAUCAACGACCACGACGUCGAAUUGUCCGAGGUGGGCAAGGCGAACAGCAUGGCGGGCUAUUAUGAGGACGACGUCGUCGCAGACCAGACGGACUUGCAAUCGCAAUCCGGACCAACCGCGACAAGGACGGGCAGCAACGGGUCUAAGAAAUCCCACGCCAACAGGUCCCUCAUGCCCCGCUCGGUCGCCGUAUCGUUCAACGUCAAAGGCUGGUUACCCAGUGGCAUCAAGGUCGACGCACUGCUCGUUGACGUCAAGAAAUCCAAGGGUCUGGGCGAUGGCGUUCGCCCUUACAAGGGUGUCAAGUACAUGACUAUCAGCAGGCAGGGAGUGGAACGGAGAGUCGAAUGA